CAUUUUGUUUAUUUUGUGACUUGCGCGAAAUAUAUUUGAAUUGAUCAAGCAAAAGAUUAAAUCAAUAUUUCUUUAUGGAAUAACAAUUAAAAAAAGAUGUAAUCGUCCUAGGCAGAUGUUUUGCUCAUUGAGUCCGCCAAUACAUUGGGUAUUCUUCUUUUUGAUCGCCAUUAUGUAUGAUGGAUAUUUUCCCUCCGUUUUUCCUCUUUUUGUAUUGCUUUUUGUGAACUUGUCACAUGUGAAAGGCUCGCAAGAUAAGCAUCCUGAGAUUGUUUUUAAUGUAUCUUGGAACGGAACUGAUGUGAUUUCGUCUGGUGAUGUGGUCGAGUACAGCGUCUGUAUCAAUCAUACACAGCCUUCAACCUCAAACGCGUCGAAUGUUCUUUUGCGAUGGAUCUUUCCAAACAACCUUGAAUUCAAGGCUUUGAAUCAAACAUUAGGCCUUGAACUUAAUAUCGAUGUUUUCUCAUCAUAUGUUGAUGCAAAGGUCACAAAUUUGCUUCCAGAGCAGCGGAUUUGUUACGAUUUGAUUUUUGUUUUCGACCCUGGAAUGUCGGUGUCUCCUGGUCGUCAUUUUAUUACGACUCAUAGCAAGCUAUCCUGGGAUGAUCAACCAGUGUUUGGGACUCGAUACACUACUCAUUGGAAGACGUUUUCUACCAUUAUCCAAGUGCCAGGUUGUUCUAACGAGCUUGGUAUCAAGAGUGGUUAUAUUAAAGAUCACCAAAUGUCAUCAUCCUCUUAUAUACCUGGAUAUGAACCAUUCAAAGCACGUUUAAACAACUCAGUUGCCUGGUGUUCGGCCGUGUUGAAUGACACCCAGUUUAUUCAGGUAGACUUCCUUCAUGAAGUAAAAAUCACCAAACUAAUAGUCCUAGGAAUGGAUAAAGAUGUUGGUAGCGUUGAACAGUUUGUCUUAGAAUACUCUUUGGAUGACAAAACUUGGAGGAAUUAUACAGAACACGACAUGACCAGGGUAUUUCAUCGCACACAAAACGUCGACUCAAGCAAUGCUUUCUGGUUGAUGGAACCAUUUAAAGCUUACAAUGUCCGCUUACGAGCAAUAAGUUGGAAUACUUCAAUAUGUUUGAAACUGGAACUCUAUGGUUGUGAAGAUUUGAAAACACCAGAGUCCUGUAUUUUGCCUCUUGGAAUGGAAUCUGGUUUCAUCAAGGACGAAGCUUUAUCAACCGGCUAUGAUCAAGGUAAUGCCGAUGCUAGCAGACUUCGAAAGAAGGUAGAUGGACCUGGUGGUUGGUUGGCCAGCCCGUAUGUUCCUGAAGAUUAUCUUCAGAUUGAUCUUGCUCUGCUGUAUUCGCUAACGGCAAUUGCAGUCGAAGGACAAUGGCGUGAAAGUGGUCUUCCAAGCAGUUUUGUUAGAGAAUACACCGUGAUGGUCAGUAAUGAUAGCUUGGUAUGGCUUAAUUAUUCAGAAAAAGGGAACUUGAAGAUAUUUCAUGGACCAGUCUCGCCCUUAGCAGCAAUGCACCCGACCCUUGUGAAGUUUAGGGAGUCGGUGGUGACUAGAUAUGUCCGAAUAUUACCCCUGGACCAACCAGAAUUUCGCGUUAUGAGGCUGGAGGUGUAUGGAUGUCUUAAGGAACCCAUGCCUUCGCAUUUUGUACGAGAUGACUUUUCUCGUCGUUCUUAUCUCCUCAACAACAUUACCGGAGUGUUUUACGUCUGUCUUUAUACUGAUGAUAGUACUGCGAGCAGUUGCCAAUCUACCAAGGAUGGAUAUUCCUGGACAAGCCUAAGCCAACGGAUUGUGAAAGUUUUGGCAGUUGCUUUUCACGAUCACGUGAUAUAUGGUCUGGACCGUUCGAGCAGUUAUCUCCGAGGUAAAGAAAAUAACUGGACUGUUAUCCCGAUCAAAGAAUGGGCGAGAGUUAAAGCUUCUUCAGAAGUGAUAACCGCCCGAGAAGUGCCGGAAAAUAUGCUCAGAAAAGAUCAAGUUAAUGGAGAGAUUCUUGAAUCAACCAAUGGUUACCAUUGGGCAGUUUCCCAUACUGGUGUUCACAUGAAGGCGCCUGAAGCUAGCUGGAGUGUUGUAGCCACCUGGAAGUGUUGCCAUCAGUAACCUCUGUCACAACAAAGACUGUUUCUCUUACUAUAUAAAUAUGUGUUAUAACUCUAAGUAUAUGCCAUUAGAUUAAUUUCCUUUAUAAAAGACGCCGUAAAAAGUAUUAAUUUCUGUAUUAUCCAGAUGUAUCCAUUUCAAAAUGAACCAUAAUUAUUUUUUGUCGAUUCCAUCCAGGCUUAUUUUAAGGUCAGUGAAGUAGUCAGCGGAUGCCUCUAUCAACUUUACCAAGUAUCAUCUAGCGCUGCUUUGGUUGCCUUUUCUUUUACAAAUUUUGUUUCAUUUUUGUGGAUUUUUGAUUUUUUUUGUUUUAAAAGCCGUGUUUUUUAAGGAAAAAAACAGAAAUGUUAUUUCUAAUCUUCCUUCUUCGAACGUUGGUAUAAAAAAAUAUGGAUUUGGUCGAGAGUUUCAACAAUUUCACGAUGAUUCGAAUAAAGGCGGGAAGAUUUAAAAAGUUGGCUCACCCACUAUAAUAAAAGAAGCGAAAAGCAAGAAUUGUAUGACUUGGCGAGAAAGAUAUAUAUGAAGCAGUCGAGAGAACCCUGUCUGAUAUUAAUGAGGAUAAUUGAACAUGAUGGGGGAAUUUGAAACUCAAAGGU